GCGCAGCCAAGAUGGCGUUCCACCGAGUGGAAUAUACUUGUUAGAAAAAGUGCGUGAAAAAAAUGCCGCGGAAAGCUUGAGAGCGACGCGUGCGAACUUCAGUGAGAUUUUGGUGGUAAAGUGAAUCCCCGUAGCUUCGUCAUGAGGCUCAAAUGAAAAGGAAUUGGACGUCGUGGUAGAAACGAUGCGUGCAUUAACCCGAGUGACAAGGCUUGUUCGCUGAUCUUCGGACAUUGCGGAGAACCGUGAUCGUCGAGCGGCGAACAACGACGCUAUGGCGUCUAUCAAACGUGUGCAUGUGUGUGUCAUUAUAUUUAAUCCGUAAUUAACGGCUAAUUAAGCGGUCGUAAAUACGGAUCGUAGGUAAAAUUUGACGUGUGCGAGAUACAUGACGACGCCGGUUACAAAACGACGCGACUUCCUGGUGUUAAUCGUCGAGCCGGAUCGGCUUGUCCGAAAACAAACAUUCUGAGCUGCUUUCAUUCUCCCUGUUUGACAGCUCCUACCUUAAAUAACUCUGAACAUUAUGAAUACUAUAACGCAACUACUACGGUUACGUUAUCGCAAGCUGAGGUGUGCGUUUACUGUAACCUUUUCGUUAAAUAGUACUGCCCAGUUUGUUACUGUAGGAUUUGCUCGUCAAUUCGCGAAUGUGACUAACUUAAUCUCUCAACAAGUGUGUUUAAUUGCAAGUGCUUUGAAUGAUUCAUAGUUUCUAUCCUAUCACAGAGUUCUUUGCUUUUUUGAAGUUUUUAUAUCGAUAAUAAUGAUCUGGAUAUCAUUUGGAAAUGCAUACAAUUUCCUUGAAAACAUUUUUAUAUAUGAACGUGAUAUUAUUCCCUACUUUAAUGUUUAAAAUUUUUUAGAAAAGUGUCAAGACAUUCCAUAAUUUCGUAUGAAAUUUCGAGGAAACGUAUUGUGACUUAAUGAACUGUACACAUCAUGUCUAAUAGUUUGGACAGUUUUUUAACACGUAUUGGGGAUGUCACUAUUGAACGCGUGACUCCUCGUUCAGGUCCUAAGUCUAAUGAACCAGUAUCUUUGAAUGAAACUUCAACAAAUACAACCAUGAAUAAUGUAGAGCCUCAAACAGGAAAUGAUGAAAGUUCAGAAGAAUCUAGCGGUGAAACAUCAGACGGAGAACAAGAGAAGAAAAAUGACGCAAUACAGUCAGAGGAGAUAGAAGAAAUACGUUCUGAGGGUUCAGGGGACGAUAUGGAUUUAGAUGAAACUAUUGACUCUCAAAUUGGGGUAAGGAUGGAGUCAGAACGAUUGCAUCAUUCUCAAGCUGAAGAGGAUGAUGAGGAACCUGUUAAUAUAUUGGACACUUUACCAUUGGAAGGAGCUCCAAUAGAAGGUCAAGAAGUAACCGAAGCAGACUUGCUUGGAAAACCAAUUUCGAAAGAUUCAGACGAUGAGGACAGUAUAGAACAUGAAGAUGACAAACAUGACAGUCAUUCCAUGGAAGAUGAAAAUACUGAGAUUGGUAAGAGACAUGCUGAAUCGGAGCUUUCUGAUACAGCUAAGAAGAAACAAAGAAAGGACGAUGGAAGUGAAGGAAAUGAAGAAUGUGAAUCAAAGGCAGAAAAGAAAUUAGCAAAUAUGAGGAGAAAUAUUCGAGAAGUUAUGGACGAAACACAGCUUGAUGAAGCUACUUUGUCUGCUCAAAGACAGGAAAUGGAACGUCUUCGAAGGGUACAGGAACAACAGAGGAUUAUUCGUGAAGUCCAAAAGCAAAUAGCAAUAAGUAGACAAAACAAUAAAACACAGACAAAAGUAAUAAGUCUAUUACAAGGAAAGCAAAAUCAAGCAGGAACUACCAUUUCACAAUCAUCUUCAACAUCGUUUUCACCUACACCAGUCCGUUUACCAAAUACAGUACUUCUCAAAGUUAAUUCUGGAUCUGGGACUGCAUCUCAAACCACAUCUAGCAUGCAAGCAAGUCAAAUGCAAAGAAGAACAGUAGAUGGAACUCGUUGGCAAAAAGGAAGGGGUGUUUAUCAAGGUGCACAGACAUCAAUUUCCAGAGUUCCAAAUCGUUCUACUGGUCCCAAUAUGUUACAACAAAGAAUUCGUAUGAUGACACCUUCUGUGAGCAUAUCACCUGUGGUUCCUAAGAAGGAACCUAUGGAUAGAUCUGAAUACUAUUCAGAUUCCGAAUUAUCGGACCUAGAAGCUGAAGAAGCAUUGCGCGAGAAACAGAUGCAUGCAACUAAAAAAUUAUCUAUUGGGCCAAAGUCUCAAAAGGGUGGUAAGGGAAAAGAUGUGGUUACAAUAUCUAGUUCUAGUGAGAGUUCAGAUGAUGACUGUAUAGUUUUAAGUGAUCCAAGCGGGGAAGAGGAAACAGACAACGAAGAUGAUCCAUCCAAUUCUGGCAUGCAUACCAAUGAUAGAUACAACAUUCCGGAUGAACAUGGUAGAGUUUUAAUUAAUGUGGGUCAUCCUGAAACUGAACCUGAUGUAUUUUUAGCACCACAAGUUGCACGUAUCAUCAAACCUCAUCAGAUUGGUGGUAUUCGUUUCCUGUAUGACAAUAUUGUUGAAAGCAUUGACAGGUAUAAAAAUAGUUCUGGUUUUGGUUGCAUUUUAGCUCAUAGUAUGGGUUUAGGAAAAACUCUUCAAGUUGCUAGCUUUUGUGAUAUUUUUUUUCGAUGUACCACAGCCAAAACAGUUCUUUGUAUCAUGCCUAUUAACACAUUGCAAAACUGGUUAGCAGAGUUUAAUAUGUGGUUACCAUACGAGGACCCUAAUGCACCAGAAAAGAAUAUUAAGGCUAUAAACGUCAAGUCUGAACCUGGUGUAGAACUUAAGCAAGAAGUUAAGGAUGAAUGUGGAAAUCAAAGUGAUAUAUCCAAUAUAUCAAGGCCUAUUAGUACAGAAUCAGCACAUCGAUUUGGACAGGAAAACCCACCACAACCUUUGAAUAUUAUGUCAGAUAAUCCAUAUACUCAUCAAGGGUAUGAAACACAUAAUAUGAUGCCCAGCUAUAUGCAAGACAGUAUGUUAAAUAAAAAUAUUCCGGACUCUCAAGUACACGUGAACGAGAAUUAUCAAGCAGAUAUUUCUCAAAAUACAAUGUACAAUACAAACCCUAAUCCAAUGUCUAAUUUCGAAUCGCUGAAAUCAGAAGUAAAUUGUCAUACUAUGCAACAAAGACCUAAUAUGCCGGAUACGAAGUUUAGCGUGGAUAAUCAGAAUUCUGGUAAUAUAUAUCCUGGUUUGGAAAAUCGGGCACAACCUCCUAUGUACUCCAACAUGGAAAACCGAAAUCCUGGUGCUUUGUAUCCUGGUCCAGAAAACCAUCACCCUGGAUCAAUGUAUCCAAAUUAUGAUAAUUCUACGAACACCUUUCCCAAUUAUACAAGACCAACUCAAGAAUCAGAUCAAGACUCAAGAAAGGAAUGCUUUAAAAAUACUAUGCCUCCUUUAAGUACAGAGAUUAAUGUAAAGAAAGAGCCAGAAGAAAUAGUGAAAAAGGAAGAAGGUACUUGUACAACAAAAGAAGAAAUGAUGAAUGAAGAGAAAAAAGAGGUUGAGAAAGUUAAAACUCCAGAUUCAGUAGAUUCUCCUAUUGGAAUGGGAUUAAGACCAAGACAUUUUCGACUGCAUAUUUUAAAUGAUUCUCAUAAAACAAUGACAGCAAGAGCUAAAAUAAUACAAGAGUGGCAGAUCGGAGGUGGUGUUUUAUUAAUUGGUUAUGAGUUAUAUAGACAGUUAUCCUUAAAAAAGCCGAAUAAAGCGAAAAGAAAACGUGGACAACCUUUCAAGGAUACUGUUGAUGUUGAAGAAGAGGAUAAGAAUAAAGGAUUAUUAAACGACAUGCAUGCAGCUCUGGUUAAUCCUGGUCCUGAUUUAGUCAUAUGUGACGAGGGUCAUAGAAUAAAGAAUUCUCAUGCCAGUAUUAGUAUGGCUCUGAAACAAAUGCGCACAAAACGUAGAAUCGUAUUAACUGGUUAUCCCUUGCAAAACAAUCUCUUGGAAUAUUGGUGCAUGGUUGACUUUGUAAGACCUAAUUACUUAGGAACUAAAAGCGAGUUUUGUAACAUGUUUGAAAGACCCAUACAAAAUGGACAAUGUAUUGACUCGACCCCACAAGACAUACGGCUGAUGAGGUACCGUGCACAUGUGUUGCAUGCUCUAUUAGAAGGUUUUGUACAACGAAGAUCGCAUUCUGUACUGCAAGUAUCAUUGCCGCGUAAAGAGGAAUACAUUCUUCUGGUUCGGAUGACGACACAUCAACGCCAAUUAUAUGACACAUUUAUGAAUCAAGUAGUUAAAACUCGAGCUGUUCCUAAUCCAUUAAAAGCUUUUGCUGUAUGUUGUAAAAUCUGGAACCAUCCUGAUAUUUUGUAUCACUUUCUACGUAAACGUCAAACGAACGAGGAAGAUGAUUUGGAUUUGGAAGAAACGAUUGGUGAAAAACCUGCUGCUGGCGGAGGAAAACGUUCGAAAGCUCGCCAGCCGAAAGGAGAAUCGAAAAAAGGCAAGAAAACAAACACGACUAUAAAAAAUAAACCUGCAGCCAGUGUGCAACCUAAUGCUUCAUCAUCAUCGAACACUGAUACCAUAGAAUCUGAUACUACUCCUCCUGUUUCAAAACAGAACAAUUACUCCAAUUAUCCAAUGCCAAUGAAUAGUAACUCGGGAUAUCCAAAUUCAGUACCACAAAAUUCUUAUCCUCAUGGGUAUCAAAAUUAUAGACCAAAUGAUCAAAAUUCAUAUUACAAAAAUGAUAAUAAUCAUGGAGAGUAUAAUGAAUUUUACAAUAAUCAAGGAUCACAAAGAUAUGGAAAUCAACCAUUCCAAACGUAUACACAAACCCCAGGAUAUAAUCCUUCUCAGAGUUAUUCAAAUCAGUCCCAAAAUUAUGUACCAAAUAACGAACAGUCUACAAACAAUCAUCCGCAGAGAUACCCGACUGCAUCUUCCAAUUCGGAAUUUCGUCCGGAUCAAAAUCAAGGUAAUAAUUAUGAGGUGCCUGGAAUAUUUUCGCGCCCGUCUUAUCCUUAUCAAGAUCACGGACGUAAUUAUACACCAAACUUAAAUCAAGGAUCAAGCAACUAUCCUCAAGUUCCGAAUCAGUCUUCGUUUCAAUCUCAAAUGCCAAAUCAAUCUACAAAUAUGUCAAUGCCCGAUUAUUCUUCAUAUACACCAAAUCAAGGCCAGAAUUAUAAUCCCGCACCGGGUCAGUCAAAUACGAUGUACUCACGGGGUGAAAAUCAACCGUUGCAGAAUUCUACAAUGGGAUACGGUGCGAAUCAACAAAACCAAAAUGCAACUUCACAAACUCCAACAGCUGGAUAUCUUCCAAAUCAACAAGGACAGGGAGCGGCUCCAGGUCAGAAUCGUGGCUUCUCGCCGAAUCAACAAAAUCAGAAUCUCAAUUUACAAAGUUCUUCUCAUACUUAUACUGGUCCACAAUCUCAAAAUAUGCCACUACCUAAUCCAUCUCAUACUUACCCUACUCAAGUGAGUAGCAACAAUUCGUCACAGCCGUCGCUUCCCUUCAAUCAACAAACACCAAAUCCAAUGGCACCAAAUCAGUCUAAUCCUUACAUGACGAACUCGUCGAAUCAAAGUUCCAUUCCGCAGAAUCAAAUGCGUGGGUAUUCUACAACAGCUCAGAAUCAAAUAAGUGUACCACCAAAUUCAUCCUCAUACCCUGCAGGACAAUCAGCACCGAGUGCUCCUACUCAAACACAUGGAUAUCCUCAAGAGCAACAAGGUCCGGUUUCAAAUCCACAAAAUACCAUGCAUGGUUACUCGCAUCUUGUAACUUCAUCCGGAUCACAAAGUCAGUCUUCGUAUCCACCUAAUACACAAAAUCCAACAGGACCACCUCCGGGUCCAAAUCAUGCAUACGGUUCUACUCAUCAAGGAUCAGCACCAAUGUCACAGAAUCCAUCUCAUAGAUACGGGAAUACUCAGCAGGGACAAGUACCGCAGCCGCAGAGUCAGUCCCUUUCAUAUCCUCAAAAUCAACAAACACCAGCCCCUUCGUUGAAUCAAAAUGAUCAACUUUACUCUAGACCGGAUAGUCAACAGCAAGGCCAAAAUUAUACGCCGGCACCUAGUACGGCCCACGAGUUUUCAUCUGAUCGGCAAGGAGGCAAUUCGACGAGUAGUUCAACGAGUAAUUAUUCGGUAAAUCCACCUCAGUCACAGAAUCCUGUUUUGUCGAGCUAUUCGUCGGAGGGUGCGCAUCAGAAUCAAGUAGGCCAAUUGAAGGGAUCGGAAGAUCCUUAUUGGCAAAGAAAUUAUUCUCAACCAUUCAGAUCUGAUCAGUGUAACGAUCCGUAUUAUCGAGAUGUAAAUCCAAAUGUAAACAGAUAUCAAAAUAAUUACUUUCCACCCCAAAAUUAUCAGAACCAAUUUAACGAUUAUGGUAAUAAUCAUAACUCGGAUGUGAAUUCACGAACAGACAGUUCGAAACCUCCACAAUCUGCCAACCAUAAUCAAAAUUCAGGUUCUUGUGACAAAAAUAGCAAAGAAAUGACGUCGAGUAUUGGUGUACAGAGUCAACCAAUACAUCAAAGUAGCGUAUCUACAAGUUCAAACUAUAGUUCUGAAUCUAGUUGUCAAACAACAAUCUCUAGAUCUGUGCAAAGUAUUGGUUCAUCGCAUAGUCCGCGAUUGAAUCAAACUGAUUUGGUAAAGGAAGAUGAAAGAGAAAAAGACGAUUUGCUAGACAAAGAUAAAGAAGAUAAAUCUGAUGACGAAAUUCUUACGAAAGAUGAAGAAAAGGAUUGUAAGAGUUCCCCAGGAGGAAAAGAAGAUCCCGGAAUACCAUAUGAUUGGGCAACGGAAUUAAUGAAAGGCUACGUACCCGGAUUAAUUGACGCGUCUGCAAAAAUGACAAUUUUCUUCUGUAUUUUAGAAGAAGCAAUUAAGCUCGGUGACCGUGUCUUAGCGUUUUCUCAGUCUCUAUUCACAUUGAAUCUCAUAGAAGAUUUUUUAGCUAGAAAUAGUUUGAAGUAUCCAGACGGACAAACAGAUGCCUGGAUUAAGAACGUAAACUAUUAUAGAUUAGACGGGAGUACUAGCGCUUUAGAAAGGGAGAAGCUCAUCAAUGAAUUUAAUAACAAUCCAAAAAUACAUCUUUUUCUCGUUUCAACGCGUGCUGGUUCGCUAGGUAUUAAUCUCGUUGGUGCGAAUCGCGCAAUCGUUUUCGAUGCUUCUUGGAAUCCUUGCCAUGAUACGCAAGCUGUGUGCAGAGUUUACAGAUACGGUCAACAUAAACCUUGCUUCGUUUACCGUUUAGUUACUGACAAUUGUUUAGAAAGGAAAAUAUACGACAGACAAAUUAGUAAGCAAGGAAUGGCAGAUCGAGUUGUUGAUCAGUGUAAUCCGGACGCUCAUCUUUCAUUAAAAGAAGCAACUACAUUGUCUUGGGAUUGGGAAGAGGAUAGUCAAGUACAAGAUUUCUCGCAGUCAAAGGAUAGUUAUACCGACGAAGUGAUGCAUCGUGUAUUGGAACGACAUUCGUCUUUGCUCACGAAGCAGCCGUUCCAUCAUGAAAGUCUACUCGUAGAUCGCAAAGAUAAAAAGCUUAGUCAGGCCGAAAAACGGUUAGCGCGUCGUGGAUACGAACUCGAAAAAAUGGCAGCUAAUUGUUCAAGACCUAGUUAUAAUUAUGUGCCUGGAAAUACUGCAACACGCGCAGGAGGAUUACAAAUUAGAGCCAUUCGAGGCGGUGACAGCAGUACGACGUCCAAACCGGUUGCAUCCGUUCGACCUAUGCAACAACGUGGCGCUGAAGGAUUGAGUACACGUGGUGUGACCGGAAGCCGAUGGAUACCGGCGGAAGUGUGGCAAAGACAAGGAAUGAGUGCGCAAGAAAUGACGUUACCAUUGGAUGUUGUUAUUCCUACUAAUUCACCUGAUAAAGGAAGUAUUGUUCUGAAAGCUGGACAGCGAGUAAUGGUUCUGAAGAGUCCGAAAGGAAUUUAUAUGCAGUUAGAAUCGGGAAAAAUAAUAGCGAUUCGAACGGCUCUCAAGUUGAAUCAACAGAAACGCGAAGAGGAACCAAAGAAAGGUCUGUCAGCAAUGGCGCAAAGAAAUUCUUCAAAGCCGGAGGUUGGAUUUCCAUUGAGAAAUAAUUCGGCUAUAUCUAUAAUACCGAAGUCGUCCUCAAGUAACCAACCGAGUGGUCGUUCGAUCACUAAACCUGGAAGUGGUCCUAAUUAUCGACCGUUUGCAGACAAAGAAAUUUCGAAGAGACCAAAACCGGUCGCUACAGCGACUGCCAAGCCUUAUUUAAGUCAAGUUAACUUGACAAAUCAAGUGUCUCUCUCGAGGUUACCAAAAGUCAAGCAAGAACCUGUGGAUCAUUCAACGCUUGGGGAAAAUUCCAAUUCGUCGGAUGGUCAAGUUAGAACGGAACAAAGAGUCGAAGAGGUUCGAUUGGAAGAUGUUGUUGCGGAAGUAAGUUCAAAUACCGAAUAUAGUCCUUCCAAUCAUAAUAGGGUGUCCAACUCGGAUAUCGACGCGUCUAUGCAGAAGUCAUCCGAAGAAAAUAGUCAAGUAUAUUCAUCGGAAUCUGUGAUGGCACAAGGUGUUCAAACGCAUCACGAUCAGACAGAGACGGAAUUGACAUCGAAACUGAACAAACAGUGUUCUCCCUCGAUUGAGACACAGGUCUCGAAAGCAAAUGAUAGAUUAACGAAUUAUGGUCAUGCAUUCCCGAAUCAACAAGACAACAGGGAUUCCUCUAACGAUGAGAUCAUAAUCGAAGAUUCGCCACAGGUACCGCUUCAAAUACAGACACAGGUACAUUCUCAGAUACCACCUUCGCAAAUGCCAUCGCAGAUAACGCAGCAAGUACCGCCACAAAUUACGCCGCAAGUACCUCAAGUAACAUCGCAGGUGCAAACACAAAUAUCACCUCAAGUACCACUGCAAGUACCGCCACAAAUACAGCUGCAAAUACCGUCACAUGUACCUUCGCAAAUAUCGCCACAGGUACAACCACAGAUACCUCCGCAAGGACCGCCGCUAGUAUCGCCGCAGGUACCGCCGCAGGUAUCAUCGCAGAUGCCGUCACAGGUAUCAUCGCAGAUAUCGCCACAGGUAUCGUCGCAGAUACCGCCACAGGUACCACCGCAAGUACCUCCGCAAGCACCUCCACAGGUGUCGUCGCAAAUGUCGUCCCAAGUUGGAACACAGGCAACUUCUUCCACACCAUUGACGCCGUUAUUAACACAACAACCAGCACCAUCAACGAUGCAAGCACCACCAACAUCUUCACUGCGAAGUACAGAAGCUCCUAAAGGAAUAACAGAUUCAACUAUUGGAACUUCUGCUACGACUAUAUGCACUGGAACAAAUACAAUGACUUCUCCGAAAAUACCAGAAUCGAAUAUACGCGAGACGACACCUAUGCAAGGGGAACCUAACGUUCCACAAGGGUACCCUUAUGCACAAUAUCCUCGGUACUACGAUUACACCGAUCCAAGAUCGCGAUCAUUAUCUUCCCCUUAUGGCACCUAUUUCCCUGGUGUACCACCUCACACGACAAAUCCGAGGUUGCCAAUGGACGCAACUAAAACACAAUCGGACUUAGGAAAACCAGUGGAAGACAGAACGAUGAUAAAUGUACCUCCCACAUAUUCACAAGUACCUAACACUACUGCCAAAACGUUAGCAAAUACAACGGAAUCUAAAGGUACAGAAGCAGUGGUAACAACAGCAGCCACUACCGCGACUACUACUGCUACUACUACUACCAAUAGGGAUGAUGCCCACAUACCUACUGCGUUCAGUCAUCCUACGAGUAGUCGGUAUCCCGGGCCUUACCCGCCAGGACCGUAUGAUCCAUAUUCGCAGCAUUAUCCUCCAGCACCAGGUUCUUCAGCAGCUUAUCCGCCAAGUGGUGCGCCUGGGUAUCCGGCAUAUGGCGGCCCGACUUAUAAUACAGAAUACGCUCGCAUGUAUUCAGCAUUUCAUGGUCCGCCUCCACCAGCAGACCCUUAUAUACACAGAGGUUACGCGCCUCCGUCUUCACAUCCGCCUAAUUACUAUCCUCCAUUCCCACAUCCGCCACCACCUUAUCCCAAUUACUCAUUUUUAUCGCCAUAUCCGAACCCUAAUAUGUCUAGCGAGCCGCAACCACCUGCUCAGUAGGAAAAGUCACGUGGUAUCACGAAUGAACAAUUAGUAUAUAAUAAUUUCGUAAAACGCCGCAUAUUGCGAAAGUUCGAAGGCUGUCGCGGUUCAGAAGCUUAAUAGACUGAAGCUGUAAAACGCAUUGAUGUAAAUAUUUAGUCACAAGUAUUGUAUUAAGGUAAUCAAAUUUACGUAGGUACUUCUCCGGAGUACCGAUUUUAUGUCAAGAGAAAUGAGAUGAUCCUUAUUAACUUUGAACUGUGCAAUUUGUUAAAAUGUUCAAAAUAUUUAGCCUGAAAUGCCAUGCCGUUUUACGAUGCAUCUAUUCGACUAAAUAAUGUAUCAAUGUUUAAAAGGCAUCAACUAAUUUCUUAACUUGAUAUUCCAUGGUUUCAUAGAGAUGUUCUAAUAUUUUCUACGCUUUUUAAACUCUUAAAUUUUGUGUUUACAUGUAUGCUAUGUAUUUAAUUAAAUCGAAUAGGGAUAAAAGUAAAACAUAUUUUUGACAUACAAAUACAUUUACUGUUCGUUAUUUCAGACUUAAAAAUCGAUAUAGAUUGAUUUGAAAAGAAAAUGGCACCAGGAAUAUUGAGUGAGAAAGUAGUUUGUACCUUGUAAACAGAUAAUAACGUAAAGAAGGAAGGAAUGCUGUAUACUAUCGUUUAGCUUUGUGCAUAAAUGCUAUAAUGAUCACUUUUAUAUAUACCAUAAGGAAAGAACGGAGAAAAAAUCGUUCUGAUUAAAUGCAGUACUCAGAAAAAUACGAAGACUAAGGAAAAAGGAGAAACACAUUGUUCAUAAAAUUUUAUACAUCAGCAUUCCAUCUUCGAUUUUAUAUAUACUUAAAAAUAGAAAUAUAAAUCGCGUUAAAGUUAACUGAUUCUUCCUCCUAAGUUAAUGUACGAAGAGUGAUGGAUAUUUAUCAAUUAUUUCCAAAUGAUAUUAUUUAAAGUGCUUAAGAAGUUACCGAUAUUUUGAGAACAGUAGCAUAUUAUAUAUAACUAUAGCAGUUAAUACAUUUAAUACAUUAAUUGAACCAUUGUGUAUACUCUCGCUAAGAAUAGAUUUCUUGUAUAGUGUUCCCAUAUUAUUCAUCACUCUUUCAUAAGAAUGAAUUUCAGACUGUGCAUCGUUAUUUCGGUUCCCAUAGGUAUUAAUAUCGAAACAGUGGAAUUAGGCUUCAUUUACACAAUACGCUCUGAAUCUAUGUGUCACCUCUGACUUUUUACAUACAUUAUACGUACAGUAUUCACAUGGAACAUUUAGCAGCCAGUAUACAGUUUACAGCAUCCUUAGCAAGUUGUAUAUGGACUAUGUAUUACUAUUAAACGUUACGGUUUCUGAAAUAGAUAAUCUCAUAGUAGCAUGUAGGAAUGUUGUUAACUAGGAUGUCUUGAAGUUCAUGACUGUCUUGGAACAUAGAUGAAAAAGAGGGGGCAAGGGAGAGCCAUGAUUCUCAGAAGCGACUUUUCGAACUCGGAACUGUGAUAUUUUGUCAUAUAUUCUCGUGUGACAUUUUUGCUUGUAUAUUUUUAUUUGGGCACAGAGUCUGACUUUGGUCCACGCGUGAAACUAUAGAAGCGAGAAGUUAUAAUUACGGUUGUUAGUGUACUGGAUCGGAAUUGUGCAUUUAUGUUAACGUAAGUUAAUCGGGAGUCCGAGCACGAGAUUUUUAAUCGAUUUUCCAAGUGAAAAGUAAAGCCGCGUACAUGUUUAUCAUGGUGCUCCCUCUGAACAUUAUAGACGAAUUAUUAUGAAGAAUAAGCACUCAUGCUGAAUACUAUUAGUAUGUAUUUAUCAUCGAAUCUGUCACAUGUUUGCUAUAUUGGAAAGAUUAGAAGCAUCUUACAUGUUGAUACGUGCUAUGGCUGCACGUUCUCUAGGUUCUAAGUGUACAGGUAUAUACAUAGCGCGAUAUUAACGUAAGGUGCGUGUCUGCGAACAAGCGACAGAAUCUAUUGUAAAAUACAUACAGCGGGAUUAUAUUUACGGAAGAUGAGAACAAAUUAUUUUGUCUCUGUUAUAGCUUUUUUGCCAUUUACAUACUUGUAAAUACCCAUUAUUUACAUUUCAUACUUUAUUUAUUACAAUAUAUUAUCCAUUAUUAUCGCUUCUUUUGAUGUCAGAGUAUUGCUCUUAUGUAAAAUAAAUUGUUUACACUGAUCAAGAGAUUGUUUUUGAUUGUAGCGUUGUUAUACAGAAAGAUUGAAGCAUAUAUAUAUAAAUAUACAUAUAUAUAAUUGUUUGUAUAACGUUUACCCUUACGUCUGACCAACCACUUGACUUGGAAUUAACACAUGGUGCAUGUAAAUGCGUAGAUUUAAGGAUCUAUUACUUAUAUGUGAAAUGAUAAGAUUGUAAUUAAGAAAUGAAUCUACCAGUAAGAUCUUUUAACAUCCCUAUGGUAGCACGAAUGAAACAUUACACACUAUCCUCUAUGCACAUUAUGUGAUUUAAUGUGUUAUGCGGAAGCUAGGUUUAUAGAAAAGUUAUAAUUCAUAAGAAAACAUUCGUAGGUGGAAAAUAUCAGACAUACAGCAGCUUCUUUUAUAUAUCAUUUUUUUCUAAUUGUGAUUUUUCUAUAAACCAUGCUACAGUGUUACACAAAAAUAAAAUCAUUCGAAAUUAAGAAAAAAAUACAAUUCUUUUCUUUUUGUAAUAUAUAAGUUGGUUUGGUGAUACUUCACUAAUUUAAUAAAAAAAACCUGAUAAACUUA